AUGGAUGCUCCGUUGCUGGACUCGGCUCAGUCUGAACAUGGCUUGGUCCUCCUCAGACAGCUGGAGAGGAUGAGGCUGACCCAGGAGCUGACUGACGUGGUUCUGCUGGCGGAAGGAGUUCCCUUUCCCUGCCACAGGGUGGUGCUGUCUGCAUUCAGCCCCUAUUUCCAGGCCAUGUUCACAUGCGGUCUGAAGGAGACACGGGCAGGAGAGGUGAACCUCAGAGACACCCCAGCCAAGAGUCUGGAGCUCCUGCUGGGCUUCAUGUACCGCAGCGAGCUGCCCCUCGACAACCACAGCAUCCAGGGCGUCGCUGCAGCCGCCUUCCUGCUCCACGUGGAUGGAGCCUUCAGGUUGUGUCAAAGUCAUAUGGAGGCCAGUAUGGACCCCUCCAACUGUGUCGGGCUGUACCACUGGGCCAGAGACCUGGGGGCCGCAAACCUGGCAGAAUGUGCCCUGAGAUACCUCUGUCAACAUUUUGCUCAGGUGUGUCAAGAAGAGGAGGUGCUGGAGCUGGACGCUCAGAGUCUGGGGGCUCUGCUGGGCUCAGACGACCUCAACGUCUCGCAGGAGGAGAGCGUGCUGGAGCUAGUGCUGCGCUGGGUGGAGAGACGCAGGGGGGACUCCCAGAGCGAGGCCCAGGCCGUGGAGCUCCUCAGGAGGGUACGGCUGGAGCUGGUGGACCCUGGAUUCCUCCGCAGGGCCAGGCGGAGGAACCCGGUGUUGUUGCGGGAUGCCGAGUGCUUCGGGAUGAUCGACGCCGCCCUGCAGACGGCAGGCCUCUCGGAGACGGCCAGUCCGCUGCGGCCGGCCCUGCGUUACGGCAUGGAGACCACCGACCUGCUGCUGUGUCUGGGUGGGGUGGACGAGGCGGGGGUGCCUGCCCGCCGCGGAGGACACGCCGAUCUCAGCUUCUGCUUUGCACCCCAGGGCAGACGGAGCUUCUACAUCCCCUCCCCGCUGAGGGUUGCCGGGGCCAGGGGCCAGAUCACUGCAGGGGGGGUGACGCAGGACAACAGCAUCGUCGUGGCCAUAGAGACAGAGGACCAGCACAGGACGAAGAGGAUUGAUAUAUACAGGUACGACCGGGCAGAAGAAAACCACUGGGCAGCCGUGUGCUCAGCGGCGUACAGGGACAUGUACGCUCUGGGUGUGCUGGGCGACGCCCUCUUCAUGAUCGGCGGUCAGAUGAAAGUGAGCAACCACUACGUGAUCACGGACCGUGUUGACAGGUGGUCUCUAAAGAGAGGGGGCAGCUGGCUCAGCUUUGCCCCGCUGCCCCUACCCCUCGCCUGCCACCUCGCCGUGGGCCUGCAGGACCACCUGUAUGUGCUGGGUGGAUGGACACCGCAGAACCAGCCAGAUGAUGAGCCAGACAGGUUGAGUAAUCGCGUGUUUCAGUUCGACCAGGGUAAGGACCGGUGGAAGGAGUGUGCACGGAUGAAGUACUCCAGGUACCGCUGUGGCUCAGCCGUGCUCAACGGAGAGAUCUACGUGAUAGGUGGAAUAGGAUGUAAUGGGGAGGACCGUGGCCAGUCACGCCACUGCCUGAGCUCGGUGGAGAUUUACAACCCGAAAGCAGACGCCUGGAGGGAGGGCCCGACCCUGCCCAACUCCCUCCUCUCCCUCCGAACCAAUGCCUCCAAUGUGGGAGUAGUGGAGGGCAAACUGUACGUCUGUGGAUACUACCGGGUAGCAGGCCGUCAUGAGAUCAUCACAAAGGAGAUUCUGGAGCUGGACCCAGCAGACAAUGUGUGGACUGUGGUGGAGAGGCGAGCAGCAAUGUAUGACGGCUAUGACGUCUGUCUGGUGGCCACCCUCAACCCGCGGGACCUCAUCGCACCUUGA